AUGGGAAAAUGAUACACAGCAGCAACAGGGGAAGUGUGAUUGAGGCCUCCCGUCCAGAUGUUGGGCCCAGCAGCCCGGCCCCUCUGAACAUGAACCACUACGCCAAUAAGAAGAGUGCUGCAGAGAGCAUGCUGGACGUGGCUCUACUGAUGGCUAACGCUUCCCAGCUAAAGGCCGUACUGGAGCAGGGGACCCACUUCAACUUCUACACCCCCAUCAUCACCCUGAUCAGCAUCUCCCUCUGCCUGCAGGUCGCAGUCGGGGUCCUGCUCAUCUUCAUAGCUCGUUGGAACCUGAAUGAUGAACAAAAGCAGCAGAGGCUGAACAUGAUGGAAAACCUGGCCACAAGCCUGGUUUUUAUCAUUGUGGUAGUCAACGUCUUCAUCACAGCCUUUGGAGUCCACAGGCCGAACCGCGGAGACUGA